AGCGCGCUCCCGGCGGACGCGGCGCGAGGGGCCGGGAUGGGCAGUCAUCAGUCUUCCCAGGUGUGUCGCGUGGUCCCUGGGCUCAGCCCCCGUCCCCCUUUAAUGCCAGUCAUGGCUCGGAAAGAAGGGGGAAAGCCCCAGGGAGCGGCAUCUCCCGAGUGAUGGAGAGCCAGCCCCGUGCCCCCGGCUUCGCGCAGGAAGUGCGAUCCCGCCCGGGCCGCUCGCGGUCUCCGUCGCUCGCCGGCGCCCGCAGGGCCUCUGCCGCAGACAUGGAGAAACUCAGCGCGCUGCAGGAGCAGAAGGGCGAGCUGCGCAAGCGGCUGUCCUACACCACGCACAAGCUCGAGAAACUCGAGACCGAGUUCGACUCCACGCGCCACUACCUGGAGAUCGAGCUGCGGCGCGCGCAGGAGGAGCUCGAGAAGGUCACGGAGAAGCUGCGCAGGAUCCAGACAAACUACAUGGCGCUGCAGAGGAUCAACCAGGAGCUGGAGGACAAGCUGUACCGCAUGGGCCAGCACUACGAGGAAGAGAAGCGAGCUCUGAGCCACGAGAUCGUUGCCCUCAACAGCCACCUGCUGGAGGCCAAGGUGACCAUCGACAAGCUGUCGGAGGACAAUGAGCUCUAUAGGAAGGACUGCAAUCUAGCGGCCCAGCUGCUGCAGUGCGGCCAGACCUACGGCAGGGUCCAUAAGGUGUCCGAGCUGCCCUUGGACUUCCAGGAGCGCGUGAGCCUGCACUUGGAGAAGCAGGGCUGCAGCCUGCCCUCCCCGCUCUGCCGCCCCGCCUACGCCGACAGCGCGCCCGCCUGCGCCAUCGCCAAGGUGCUGGAGAAGCCCGACCCGGGCAGCCUGUCCUCCCACCUGUCGGACGCCUCCGCCUGCGACCUGGCCUUCCGCGACGGGACGGAGAAGCCGGGCCUGCGGCCCCCCUACAAGGAGGACGUCUACUGCAGCGACACGGCCCUCUACUGCCCCGAGGAGCCGCGGCGUGACCGGCGGCCCAGCGUGGACGCGCCCGUGGCCGACGUGAGCUUCCUCCGGGCGCAGAACUCCACCGACAGCGCAGCCGAGGAGGAGGAGGAGGCCGAGGCGGCGGCCUACCCGGAGGCCUUCCGGCGCGAGGCCUUCCUGGGCUACGCGGGCUCGCUGCCCACGUCCAGCUCCUACUCGAGCUUCAGCGCCACGUCGGAGGAGCGCGAGCAGGGCCAGGCCAGCACGCUGACCGCCUCGCAGCAGGCGCUCUACCUGAACAGCCGCGAGCAGCUCUUCCCGCGCCCGCCCGCCUGCCAGGGCAGCCUGCGCUUCGCCAAGGCCGCCCCCGCGCUGGCCGCCCCGCUGGAGGCCGAGGGCGCGCCCGGCUUCCGGCGCACCCUGUCGCCCUACCAGGCCGAGCCCUACCGCUUCCCGGCCUCCCCGGACCCGCACAAGACCCUGAUGUCCCCAAACCUGUGGAGCCUGCGGGCCAAGCCGGGGUCGGCCCGGCUGCCCAGGGAGGACGCGCGUGGCCAGUGGCGGCCCCUGAGCGUGGAGGACAUCGGCGCCUACUCCUUCCCGGCCGCGGGCAGCCGCACCUCGCCCCGCAGCUUCUCCGACCGCUACUACGGAGGGGGCUCAGGCCAGAAGGCGGAGGGCCACGCCGGCGCCCUCUACGCCAGCUACAAGGCCGACAGCUUCUCGGAGGGCGACGACCUCUCCCAGGGCGCCCUGGCGGAGCCCUGCUUCCUCCGGGUGGGCGCGCGUGCUGACUCCAUGCCCAGCUACCCCGCCGGCGAGGGCAACGGGGAGAGGCUCCGGGGGCAGCUUCGCGGGGUGGCCGGCAGCCCCGAGCCCGAGCACAGCCUCCAGAGCUCCAGGGACUCCUUGGAGCCCAGCUCCAUGGAGGCCUCCCCCGAAAUGCACCCCGCCGCCCGCCUGAGCCCCCAGCCUGCCUUCCCGCGGACUGGGGGCUCGGGGCUCAGCCGCAAGGACAGCCUCACGAAAGCCCAGCUCUACGGCACCUUGCUCAACUGACCGCCUGCCUGCGGCCAAGGCCAGGGGCACCACACCCCCGCACCCCAGGGAGCCGCCCACCUGUCCCCACACAACCAUCCCCCGCCCUGCCACAGACCCCUCUCCUCCAGGUAACCCAGUGCAGCCCAAGAAGAGGACUCCAGCACACGUGUCCCCAGCCCCCCACGACGGACCUUCGGGAGGAGUUUCUC